AUGCCGCGAGAAGAGUGGAAACUCUCCAAGUUCCAGAUUCCUACCAACUUCGUCGCUAUCAGAGGCGCAGACAUUGACGCUGUCUACCACAGGCAAUGGAUCUUUGAUACACCCACCACACCCGACAUGCACGAUACCGGGGACCGUAAAUCCGAGAAAUGUCUUGUGCAGGUCUGGCGGUACCUGCGCGAGAAGGACGACUCAAAGAUCCUUGGUUUUAUCCCCAUUCCCAAGGCGUAUGCGCAGCACUGGUUCCAGCUUUUUUAUACAAUCGCGGUGGAGCAAUGGGCCGUGAAGAAGUUCGACCGUUGGUACUCGGAUAUGCGGCAGGAUAACCCUGGGCGCGAUCGCGCGUACAGUGCAGUUCUCAUGGUGAGCCUCGAGCUCACGUCCCACCUUGAAGCUCGCAUCCGCAUCAUACAAGAGCUCCUUGCCCUUCCGGAAGGCUCCGACAACCUGCCUAUUUUCGAUGAACACCUCAUCCGGGAGCGGUAUGACGUGUCAAGCGUACCUUGGGAGGCCGUGGACGACGACACGAUGCGGUAUAUGAUCAAACGUCCUCUUGAUCCAAUCAAUGCUCCUUACCUAGGCUGGGAGGAUAGACCGUCGUGGACUAUAGCCCCGCCGUUCGAAUCGCAAGGGCGGUACUACUGGCAGUUUGGGCAUGUGACUGGAGAGACUCAUCGCGAGGCAGCGAUUAUCAGAGCGAUCGCCGGCGCGUGGUCCUGGCUGGUGGAGGACCCCGACAGCGAUUGGAAACAUAUCCGCGAGGGCCAAUGGGAGGGCUGGAGCGAUGUUCGGGGUGAGCCGAUCUGGUUAGAGGACACGUGGAUCUCGCGACUGCCGACGUUGGAGGAGCUCGGCAUGACACUGCCCGAGUCGAGACUCUGGAAAGGGCGCGACAUUAGCUAUCCCAAUUGGCGCGGUGACAACAGAAAGUUGGCAGCCGAAGCCGAUAAAGCGUGGGCUCCUAUCACGGACGAGGACGAGGACAAGACGUCGGCCGACUGGCGGGACUUUUUCCAUUCUCCGUUCUGCGCCGACCCGCGGUACGGACCAAAGUACUGCAACCGAUGCACUCUGCGGUUCGAGUCACAAAAGUGGAUCGGGGAGGUCCCAAUGUGCCGGGACUUCCGCGAUUAUCCGCAUGCUCCGAGUUGUCGAGACCCGUCAGGUGGCCCUCGAGGUUGUGAUAGAUGUUGCCUCAGGUACCUUACGGGCCACUGGCAGGGCGAGUUCCCGAGCCCUCCUUCACCUAUUCGCGAAAUUCAAAGGGCGCAUUUCCCGCGGAAGACCUCACCGGAGGUCGAGAUGAAACCGACGAUGAGGAGGGUACACGACGUUGUCGGUCAUUUAGAUUCAGGUGAAAGUGCCAUUGAAGACGAAACCGACGAGGAAAUAGAGGCCAACUUCAUCGGCAGAGGCAAGCGGAACGAUGAUGGAGAUGAGAAGGAGGAGCACAAUGACGGUGAUGGCGAGGUGCAUAACGGCAGUGAGGGCAAGAGGGGGUACAAUGGCAGUGAGGGCGAGGAGAACAAAAGCGAUGAUGGCGAGGGGGAGCACAAUGACAGUGAGGGCGAGGAGGGGCAUUAUGACGGUGAUGGCGAGGAGGAGCACUACGACAGUGAUGACGAGGAGAGGAGGGGGAGGAAGAGAAGACGUUGCUAG